AUGGCAUGGUUCGAAUACUGCCUGUCCGAAACUCAAAGAGGCAUAAUACACAUGCACUCAUACACGCACACUCAAAUGCAGGUGCACACUUAUACAGAUGCCGGCCCUUUCAUGUCCUUGACCUUGUUAAGGCCGUCCAGCACGGAGGGCAGGUGCACCGAGGAAGAGAUUACGUCACUUUUUGGGAAGGUACAGAAUAAUAAGGUCUCCAAGCCAGCCCCUGUCACUAAAAGUAAGAACAUGGAGCUAGACCAGCAGGCAUUAUCAACGUUAAAAUCCAUGCAUGAACAGGCUUUGUGUCAACUUGAGAAACUAAAAAUGGAAGUUCAGAAAAACCCAACUGAGUACAACGUAAUGAUGAAAGACAAUCAACUGAAAGUGGUUAUGCAACUGGAGAACAAAAUUUCACAAUUUGGCGACGUCGCGACAGCCGCCAACAGCAGCAACAACAGCAGCCACAACAGUCACAACAGCCUGUUACCCGGAAUUUUGAGAACGUUCUGGCAUUCUGACAGCAACAAUUCAUUACUUUCACCACAAACGACCUCAACUGAUAUUAUAUCAAUGGAAGGUUUUGAUACUAAUGGUGAUGAAGAUACUACUGAGCCUUGUCUGGUGUACAAAGAAUUUGAGGACCUGAACUUACUGAAACAAAGCCCUCUGCACCUGUCAGUCUUCCUGAAGUACCUCAUCGACAAUGCAAACUCUGCUUACAUGCCUUUGAACAUAAACCUGCCCGUCCAAAUGGUGCAACAAAUUGAAGCCUCGCUGAGGAAUUACAAGGAAUCGAAUCUGAGGGUCAUCUUUCACAACGCAAUCAACCACAUUCAAGAAGAUAUGGAGAAACAACUGGCUGAAUAUCAACAUUACAGGAGGAUUGGUUUCGGUAAGUUUUCGGGUGAUGACUACCUUCCAAAACCAACCGCAGCGACAACCAGCACCACAAACACAACUCCAACCAAUCUUUCAAAUUCAUCACUUUACCAGCAGCAGCAACAACAACAACAGCAACCGUCGACUUCAUCGUCAACUGCCUUAACUGCACCUGUCGCUUUCCAAUCACUAACGAGACCUCCGCUUAGUUAUUCAUCAUCGUCAGUUACGACAUCAUCCACCGGACCGCCGAACCUUCAACAGCAACCACCACAACCACAGCAGCAGCCGCAGCAGCAUCCACCUCUCUCUUCAUCUUCCUUCUCUUCCUCCAGCAAUCCUUUCCUCAGCAACUCACUGGCCAAUCGUCAUCAACAGCUGCACGCUUCUUCCUCCUCUUCAUCUCUCUCCAGCCUUGAACUCUCCAACAUCGAGAAGAUUCUCUGGGAUGUCUUCUCCUACUUGGCAGACGAUAAAGACGACAACAAAUUGGCGAUCGCUGUUUCGCUGGCCACCUUCUUUCGGCAGGUCGGCUUGCAAGUGUCGAGGUCGAACCAGGCCCUCUUCGAGAACUUUCCAUCGUUUGUUUGCAAGGAGAAGCGAGCCCUCAAGAACAGAAUGAAGAAACUAACCUUGAAAGGUCACCAAUUGCAGCCGCACCAGUAUGCGGUGUUUGUGAAAGUGGAAUGUAAGGCGUGCAUGCAGGUCAUCUGGGGUGUCGGCUACCAGUGCUACAAGUAUGCAGUAUCGUCAUCAUCAUCUUCGGGGGUGGUGGCACCCUGGGGCAGCAACUCCCUCCCCCACAAGAGGAAGAUCAGGAUCAGAAAUGCCGGAUCGGAUGUUGCCGAUAGGCAGGGCAGUGUGCUAAGUGACUCGGAAGCUACGUUGAUUGGAGAUGGAGAUCCCAUGCACAGCCUGGGCACACCCCUCCCAUUCAACCUGUCCGGAUUUCCGGGUCAGUUCAACAACACCUUCUCAAAAGACCAGCCCGCCAUCCCUGCCGCGGUGUCCCGGGCAGAGUUCGUGGAUUCAGAUCCGGAGUUGGAACGGGAACUUCCACCCCUGUCUGCCGUCAUCUCGUCGGAUCAGUUGGCACUCCUCGACUCGAAGGCCAGGAAGAGACAAGAUGUCAUCAACGAGAUACUUUACACGGAGCGUUCCUACCUGAGGACGCUGAAGAUAAUGUCCCAGAUGAUGCUGAAGCCGAUGCGGGAGGAUCCUAACAUCGACACGGAACUUGCCAACCACCUCAUGCCCAAUCUGGAGAAUCUCAUCGAGAUGCACAAAAACAUGAACGCUGCUAUCAAAGAAUGCAAGAAAGACCAUCAAAUCGUCAGUGAAAUUGGCCUGGUGUUACUUAAAUGGUUUUCUGGCGAGAACAAGGCGAAUUUUGAGAGAGAGUACUCGGAGUUUUGUCGAGAUCAAUACUAUUACCUGGGAUUGUUGGCUGAGAAGCAGAAACAAGAUCCAUAUCUGGCCCAGUUUCUUAAUAUGAUAUCCCAGAAAAAUGUCUGUCGCAAGAUGGCCUUAAAAGACUUCCUACCGAAAAUCAUGCAGAGACUGACCAAGUACCCGCUACUUGUUGACACUGUCCUCAAAGUCACUCCACCCAAUACGACGGAACAUCAGAACAUCACGAUGGCACUGGAAAACCUCAGAGCCAUUCUAUCUUAUGUUAAUCAAGUCAUCAAGGAGUGCGAGAACUUCAGGCACACCCAAGAGAUGCAGAAGAGACUGGACACCAAGUCCAUUGAAAACGUUAACCACCCUGUCCUUAUCGAGUACAGGAACCUGAACCUGACGGAGCGCAAGUUAAUAUUUGAUGGGGAGUUACAGUGGUAUCCCACGAACUCCACAGUCGUCAAACUACAUAUCGCCCUCUUUGAAGACAUCCUGAUCAUCAUGCACAAGGUCGACAACAAAUUGGUGCUGAAAUGCCAGAGUACAGGCAUUGAGAACGUGAAGAGUAAGUUCAUGCAAGUUCCAAUCAUCAAGCUCAGUCACCUCAUGAUCAAGGACGUCCCCAGAGAUCCAAAAUCAUUCUACCUGGUGAGCGCGUCGAAGGAGGAUUCACAAAUGUACAAACUCGUUGCCAGCACAACAAUACUUAGAAAUAAUUGGACAAAGAACAUUAGAGAAGCGGUAGAACACUACAAGAACCAGUACAGUGCCCAACAACCGCGACAGAGUGUCAUCAUCAACAGCAGCAGCAACAACAACAACAACAGCAACAUCUCGUCAUCAACAUCUUCAGCAGCGACGUCAGCAACGACCGUUACUACCACAACAACAGCAACAACGACAACAUCGGUUUCCGCGACAAUCGACUCGUUAUCGUCAUCACUUUCUAGCAGAAAUUCAACAUUCUAUGAUAACACUGACGCUGGUUUCGAAAGCAGCACAGCAAAUGAUUCGAACGAGAACGAGAGGGGCGAGAGUGAAGAUGCAUCAGCUGCCGAUCUUCCAACAUCUCCCAUCAGUCCUGAGGAUGAGUUGAAGUGGCAGAUCAUAGCAACAUACGAAUUGAUGGUGGAGAAGUUAGUGGCUCUCUCGGAGAUGCACCAUCUAGCCUCGUCCAUUCAAACUUUUUCGCGAAAGAGCUUGCCGCCGACGCUGGACAGCAACUCCUUCAUCCAGGCCAUCAACAACAUCCUCGACGAGAUGAUCGACUUCUUCAGCAUACUCCCCGAUGACGUCAUCGAUGACGCUAGCGGAGGCGGGAAGACAUCGGAGUGGGAUCCUGUGGAGUCCCUCCUGGAACUGGGUCAGAGGCUGGAGAUGCUUGUUAAACAAUUACAGGAGUUGGUGCAGCAGCGAGACUUGAUAACAUCCCAGUACUCCCAUCUUCCACCUCCUCCUCCCCCGGAUUCUGAACCGCCCCUAUCCUGAUUUCCCACUUCUCUGGUAAUGAUGACGACGAUGACGAUGAUGAUAAUGAUGAUGUCUUUAGUUUUUCUUCUUCUUUUCUCAAAAGCUAGAGUAUUAUUUAAAAAGAACAGCUAAUCACAUUGCCUUCCACUGUAGUUUUUUUUU